AUGCCACAGGGCAGCCGCGGGCGCGGGGCAAACGUCUGCGGCCACGGCGUCGGCGUCGGCGUCGGCGGCUGCGAACAGGUUGUCGCCACUUCCGGCCUCCUCCGCGGAGGGGUGCCCGCGUCGCCGUGUCGCAGUGCAGGGCGCAUGCGCGCUCGCGGCCGGGUGGCGAGCGGCCAGCGCCGCCGGCAGUCCGCUCCGGUCCGCUCUCGAGGCUGCAGCACGGGGAGCAGCGCCGGCGCUCAGCCCAGCCCGACGCCGACGCCGCCGCCGCCGCCGCCGCCGGCAUCUGGCCGCGCCCCUGCCGUGCCGGCUCUCCGCGGCGCUCCCACGGCGGGCGGACGGCCGCACCCGCAGCUGCUGGAGGACGCGCAGGCAGGUAACAGCAGCUGCGGCCGGGACCGCCUGCGCCUGCUAGCACACCUGUUGGCUGCAGACACGGCCGCCCCAGGCCUCAGCUGGCCUCGCUGCGGUGCGGCGGCGCUCCCCUGCCCGGCGUCCCAAAUCCCGGCGGCGCACGCAGCUCCCUGUUCUGUUCCGCGAGUCUCAAAUGUUCGUCACACAGUUCUCGUGUCGGUCCUAGGCUGUGACACAUAA